AUGUUGGAAAGCCUCAGGAAGACUUCAUACACCGUCCGCUAUCCUCGAUGGAUGGUUGGCAGGCCUCUCCUCUACUCCUCCUCGGCGCUGGCGUCUCUGGGAGACGCGAUGUUCGGCUACAGCCAGGGUAUCAUCGCUGCUGCGCAAGUUCAACCAAGCUUCAUCAAGAGGAUGUACGGCCGCGAUGUUACUCUGAGCCAGGUGCAGGGAGGGGAAGAAGGGGUCAACGUUUUCUUGCAAGCCAUCGUCGUCUCAUGCCUUAAUCUAACGGCUCUCCUCUCCUCGUACUUCUCCGCCUACAUCUGCGACGCCCUCGGCCGACGUAUGUCUAUCCGCAUCGGAGGGAUGCUCUACCUCAUCGCGUCCCUCAUCCAAAUCUUCAUGCCUAACAUCACCGCGCUCAUCAUCGGGCGGUGUAUUCAAGGUCUCGGCGUCGGCAUGCUCUCCAUGACGGUUCCCAUCUACCAGUGCGAGAUCGCCCCAGGACACGGGCGUGGGCUGUUCGUCUCGAUAGAGUACCUCUGCUUAAACCUCGGGUAUGCGCUCUCUGCGUGGGUCGGCUACGGGUUCUUCUUCGCUAUGCCCUCUGAAAUUUCGUGGCGCGGGCCCUACAUCGUGCAGGCGGUCAUGGCGUGCAUCUUGGUUUUGUGGACGUUCAUACUCCCAGAGACGCCACGGUGGUUGAUCAGCCAUGGCUUCAAGCCUGAAGGACUCGCACUCCUCGCUGACCUGCACGCUGAUGGGGAUCUGUACGACGACGGCGUCACCGAAACGUACACUUCGAUCGAACGCACCAUCGCACUGGAAGCCGCCCUCGGUACGGCGUCAUGGGUAGAACUCUUUCGGACGUACACCCGUCGUGCCGCUGUCGGGAUCACCUGUCAACUCUUCGCUCAGUUUAACGGGAUCAACGCGAUCCUGUACUUCCUUCCAGAGAACCUCACACGUGCAGGAUUCGACAUUCCCCAUUCACUCCUGUUUUCUGGUGCUUGUGCUUUGGUGUAUUGUGCUGGGACGCUGCCGACAAUGAUUUGGGUGGACAAAUGGGGCAGGAGGACGUUCUUGCUGUUCGGUAGUGCGGGUCUGGCGGGUGCGCUGGCGCUUAUCGGAGGACUGCAAUUCCACGAGGAGACGUUGCCACUGGGAUCGGCGCGUAUGCCCGUCGCCAAUGGAAUAUUUGCUGGUGUGUCUAUAUUGUCAAAUUCCAUUGCGAUCAUCCUGAAAGCAACUCGCACAGGUGUCUGCAUCUACCUCUUCCUGUUCGGUGCGACCUGGGGUCCGAUCCCAUGGCUGCUUGGGGCUGAAAUCUUCCCUCUGCGCGCUCGUGCUAAGGGCAUGGCGCUCUCCACCGCCACGAACUGGCUCUCCAAUUUCAUCGUCGCGUUCAUCACCCCUCCCCUCUUCGCCGUGCUCGGUGCUGGCUACUACUUCCUCCUCCUCGGGUUCGCCGUCAUCUCAGGCAUCUUCGUCUACUUUGUUUACCCCGAAACGGCCGGCCGCACGCUCGAAGAACUCGGGGAGGUGUUUGGUGAUGGCGAUGGUGCGGUGGGCGUGCCCAAACUCGCGGAAGAGUCUGCUAUUGGUCCGGAACCGCUGUCGGCUAUCGAACCAGACGCGAUGAGAGAGGAUUGGCCCAGGAAGUCUUCUGGCUCACGGUUGGUGGGAUUGGGUCUGGACCCAGUGUUGUCGGAACCGAUAGGCGACGUGCUGGAUGCGUCGUCGGAAUUAACGAUUCCCGUCACCGAUGAUGGGAAGGUGGAGGAUGAAAAGGGAAUUUCGCAGCGAGACAGCUUCGAAGGUGGUGCGACUCCGGUGCCGGGGGAAACGACGCGGACGACGAGCGACUCUGGUGCGAUGGAGGAGAUCAAUAUUGAUGACGAUGGGUUGAGGGAAAGCCAUUCAGACUCGAUGGAGACAUAUGAAGACGCAAUGGACGAGCUCAGGAGGUCUAGCGUCAGCGAGGAGGACGCGGACAACUCGUUCGCAUCUAACGCUCAGGAACACGGUCACGAACCCCACUAG